GGCGAGAACUAAUUUAGUGGCGCUGACCGCGCAGCCGAUUGGCGCGGACGCGCAAUUAUCGUUUGAGUUUUACGCCUUUGUUGAUAGUGUUGGUCGUUGCGGUGAUUAUGAUUUUAUAUUACGAUCGACACUUAGUUAGUAAUAUGUUUGGUUCGAAAUGGCUUUGUUCAGUUUCGAUCCUUUAUUUCGCAUAACCUGUUCACCCCCUCUCUUUAUGAUUGCCAACUGUUUUGGGUCGUAAGGACGAAGAGGUGUCGAGUCACCUCUAGAGCUCUUCCGUUCUUGACCUUGGCCGAGAUAGUGCCAUGUGUUUUUCUGUUGUGUGUGUGGGGGAAUAAACCGCAAGUGAGGCGGACGCAGGUUUGUCCAAACCUCCCCCACCCCGAGGGCACAACAAGUGGCGACGAGGCGUAAGUUUUUACGCGGCCGUGAUAACUGUCGGCCAUGGAUUUUUCGGUGGCCCCUGCGCCGUUUUUGCCGGCGGCCGGCGCCGAGCCCGGUACGGCCUGGCCGCGGUGGAUAAGGAUGUUCGAUAACUUCCUGGUGGCCGUGGGCGGCGGCUCAUUUUCAGCUGCGCGCAAGGAGGCCAUCCUUCUCACGUGCCUGGGGGCGGAGGGGCAGCGAAUUUUCGAGUCCCUCCCAGCUGCUGUCAAGCAGGAAGGCGAGGACCAGUACGCCUUCACCAGGCGGCGCCUGGAGGCCCAGUUCGCUCCUCGCCAGAACGUGUGUGUGGAGCGUUACCGUUUCAGGAGCCGGGUGCAGCAAACUGAGGAAACAGUCCAGCAGUGGGUGUCGAUACUGCGCCAGCUGGCCAGCUCCUGUGAAUAUGGUGACAGAACCGACGAGUUCAUAAGGGACCAGGUCAUCGAGCGUACUAACUCUUCCAAGUUGCGACAGCGACUUCUUAUGGAGGGCUCUGACCUGACUUUGGAGCGCACCCUCACCAUCAGUGACACGCUUGAGUCGGCUGAACGUGAGGCUCGGGUGAUGGAGACACCAGCUGCUCCAGUCCCUGUUCAGGCUGUCCAGCAGCAGCAGCAGCAGCGUCGGCGGCCUCAGCGUGGUGGGGCCAGGACCCGUGCUGCUGGUCGGGUCUCCACUCAUCAGCAACAGCCUCAGCAGCAGAGGCCGGCAGGGAGUAGCAGUAGCCUGUGCUGGGGGUGCGGGCGUGCUGGACACAGGCGAGGGGACCAGUGUUGCCCUGCUGUCAAUGUGAAGUGCUCCAAAUGUGGGAAAGUGAAUCACUUUGCCCAGCACUGUGUCCAGAAGCGAGUGGUGUCCAGUGUUCAAGUGCUGGCAAUCGGGGCAUCACCAAUGACUCUGACAGCCCAGGUGGAGGGGAGGGAGGUCGUGUUCACGGUAGACUCUGGCUCCCCAGUGUCCCUCCUCCCCAGACACCUGGCACCUGGGGCCCUUGAGCCAGCAGCAGAGCGCCUGUGCUCAUAUGGGGGGAGUGUGUUAGAUGUGUUAGGGGUAAAAAGUGUAAAUGUGUCAUGCAGGGGGGAGUGUCAUGAUGUAACUGUGUAUGUUGUGCCGCAUGGUCGUGCUCUGAUGGGCCUGGACAUGAUGAAACUGUUCAAAGUGUGCAUCAUUGGUGACAGUGUAUGCUCUGUGUCCACAGACCCGUCCUGUCAUGCCAGCCCAGUCCCUUCGCCCGUCGGGCCAGCCGAACCUGCCAGCCCUCACGCCGGUCAACCUGCCUCACCGUCCGGACCUGCCUCUCCGACUGGACCUGUUUCUCCGUCAGGAGAGCAGCCAGCCAUCCUGGGCUACCAACACCGGGUGACCAUCGACCCAGGGGUGGCGCCAGUGCGCCAGCCCCUGCGGAGGCUGCCCUUGGCAGUGCUGGACGAGGUGAGUGCCAGGCUCAAGGAGCUGGAGGAGCAAGGGAUAAUUGAGAAGGUCAGUGCAUCUACCUGGGUCUCUCCUCUUGUGGUGGGAAGGAAGCGGGAUAGGUCCAUCCGCCUGUGUGUAGACAUGAGGCGGGUCAACAAAGCUGUGAUUACGGAUGGCUACCCGCUCCCCAGGAUCGAAGAUGUCCUUGACCGCCUGAGUGGGUCUCAGGUCUUUUCCAGGCUGGACUUAAAGGAUGCAUAUCACCAGCUGGAGCUCCAUCCUGACAGCAGAGACCUAACGACUUUUAUAAGUCAUCAGGGACUCUACCGGUUCCGGCGCGUCAACUUCGGCCUCGCGAGCGCCGGGCCGUGCUUCCAGAGAGUGAUGGCGUCCAUGCUGGAGGGGGUGCCAGGCGUGGAGGUAUACCUGGACGACAUCCUGGUCCACGCGCCGUCCCAGGCCGAGCACGACGCCCGUCUGAGGGAAGUGCUGCGGCGUUUCGAUGCCCACAAGGUGCGGGUCAACUGGCCCAAGAGCGUGACGAAUCAGAGCGAGCUCUCCUUUCUGGGAUAUCUGGUCUCGUCAGCUGGUGUCCGCAUCGACCGGGAGCGGAUCAGGCCGUUAUUGGAGGCGGCCGAGCCGCGGGACGAAAAGAGCCUGCGCGCAUUCCUCGGUGCCGUAGGGUACCAUGCGCGGUUUCUGCCGCGGUUCUCGGACGCAGUAGAGCCGCUGAGGGCCGCGCUCCGGGCGGACCAGUUCGAGUGGACGGCGGCGCUGUCCAGCGCGGUCCGCCGCGUCAAGGACGCGAUAAGCGAAGCACCAGCACUGUGCAUGUUCAGCACGGAGCUACGAACGGUGCUCUCCACUGACGCCAGUGACGUCGGCUGCGGUGCGUGCGUGACGCAAAUGGACGCCUCGGGUCAGCCCAGGGUCAUUGCGUACGCCUCGAAGUCUUUCUCGGCGGCCGAACGCAACUACUCGGUAGUGGAGAAGGAGGCGCUGGCAUGUGUAUGGGCCGUCGAGAAGUUUCGCCACUACCUGUGGGGUCGGCGAUUCACCCUCCGAACCGAUCACCAAGCUCUCUGCACCAUUUUCGGUGUCAAGGGCUCCAACCGCGUCGGCCGGCGAGUCGCGAGGUGGGAGGCCCGGCUGCUGGAGUUUGCGUUCGACGUCGAGUACGUCAGGUCGGAGCGGAACGGAGUGGCGGACGGCCUGUCCCGUCUGCCGGUCGCCGAGACCUGGUGGCCUGAUGAUGAUUCUAUCCAGAUCGCGGCUCUGUCGUUAGCAGCAGCAGUCACGGAGGAGGAGCUGCGGGACGCCUCGGCGUCAGACGAGUGUCUGGACGUGAUCCGGGGGUACCUCGCCGGACGGUGGCCUCGCCAGAGGGAUGUCGAUCCUCGGGCGACUGGUUUUUACCAGGUGAGAGACGAACUGUCCCAGCUCGGACCGCUGCUUUUCCGCGGCGAGCGACUGGUUGUGCCGGCGGCGCUGCGUGAGCGCGUCCUGAGGAACGCCCACGAGGGUCACCAAGGUGAGACAAGGACCAAGCAGCGCCUGCGCGCGCAGUUCUGGUGGCCGCGGCUGGACAAGGAGGUACGUGACCUCCUGCGGAGCUGUGAGGUGUGCACGCAGCAUGACGGCCACGUGCGGCAGGAGCGGCCCCCUCUCCAGCCGAUUCCUCUUCCGGACGGUCCGUGGCAGCGCCUCAUGAUCGAUGUGAUUGGGCCCAUGCAGGGGCCCCAGCACGAGCGGUACGGCAUCGUCUUGUGCGACAUGUUCAGCAGGUGGCCAGAGGUGGCGCUGUGUCGGGACGCGACGGCGGCGUCUAUAAUCAGCUUCCUGGAGGCGGUGUUCAGCCGCGAGGGGUUGCCGUUGGAGCUGGUCUCCGACAACGGUCCAGCGUUCCGGUCUGCCCAACUCCGUAAUUUUUUGACCCGACUGGGGGUCAAGCAGACUUUCAGCUCACCAUACUCUCCGCAGUCCUGCGGCAUGGUGGAGCGUCUGAAUCGGACGGUAAAAGACGCCAUCCAGUCGGCCCGGCUGGCCCGGGAGCCGCGCUCGGAGUACUUGAGGCGGUUCCUCACUGAGUACCGGGCUACCCCGCACGCAGGUACGGGAGAGACGCCGUUCCGGCUGAUGCGGGGGCGGGAGGCACGGACGUUGCUGGACGUCGUGCCAGGUGAGGUUUCCUCGCCGGACACCGGCGGUGAGCUUCGUGCGCGACACGAAAAGUAUCAGGCGGCCUACAAAGCCAGAUAUGACCGGGGGUCGACCGGCGCCCCGCGCUGGCGCGUCGGCGACUGGGUUCGGGUCCGACAGUCGGUGAGUGGACGUGUGGAGGGCCAGAGGGCCGUGCAGAUCAGCCGGAGGACUGGCCCGGUAAGUUACCGGCUCACCAGCGGCGAGCGUGUCCACGCUAGACGCUUGGUGCCCGGCCGGCCAGAAGGUGAGGACGCGGCCGCGCCGCGGGGUGGUCCCGGCGGUGGUGCUUAUCCAGUUCCUGAGCCCCGCCCCACGCCAGUGCGCACCCGCUCCUCGGCACUCAGAAGUCCUGCUCACAGCCGCUGUCCAACCCCAAAGUGUACCGCCCCGGCGGGUGAGCCAGGGCCCCGCCGUAGCAGGCGGGGUCGCAGAGGCCCAGAUCGGUUCACUCCGGGCGAGUAGCGUUUAGGAUUGGGCUAUCAUCGUAAGUUACGUUUGAUAGCUGUGAGUGUAAUGGUUUCCGCGGAUAGUGGGAGGCUUAAGAAGCGGGAGUGUUUC